CCCGGGGGGUUUGGAGCCUUGUCUCAAUCCCUCUCACCAAAACCAGCCGUCACGUCUGAUCCUGCUCCAGACUCCAGCCAAACGGCGUGCUCUUGGCGGACCGGGGACGUGGGAGAGGUUUUUGCCUGGGGGCCAGGAGCCCCCCCCCGCCCCCCCCCCCCGGAGCUCAAGGAACAGUCCUACUGGGGAUGUGCCUGUGGGCCUCGAGCCUCAUGCUGGGCGCUGUCCACCUGCUAGGGGCCCUGAGGCAGGGGAGGCGUCACGCGUGGCCCGACCUGGCCCUGCCUCUCCCUUCCCCGCCGGGCCCGCGUCCCAUCCCGUCUCCUUCCGCCUCCGCCAGCGCCGAGGAAUGUGGCGAGGCCGGCUGGGCGGCUCGGACGCCUGGGUCCGCUCCGCUCCCAGUUUGUGAGCGCUGAGUGCUGGGGCCAGAUGCCGGAGCUCCCGCCGCGGGGACGUGGGAGAGGGGGAGAAGGCAUCCUCAGAUUGGGGGCCGUGGCAGGGACCCCACGGACAGGGAGCUGGGGGCAACCGCUCUUCGAGGACCCGUCGUCAUUACCCUGCCACUCAAGACAGAACUCUCGGCCCUCCCUGGGCCCCUUGGACGUGACGCUGACUCAGCCGGUGAGGAGCGGGCCAGCCUCUGACAGGCUGCAGAGCUGGGAGGAGACGCGAAGUCUCAUCCCAGAGAAGGGGCCGCCGGAGGAGGACCCGGACGUCGUGGUGAAAGGUUGGCUGUACCGAGAGCCCCGCGGAGGAGGGGCGCGGCCCUGGUUGCCCCCGCGCCGGGCCUGGUUCGUGCUCACCAGGGACUCCCUGGAUCAGUUCAGCAGCAGCGGGAAGGGGGCGCGGCGCCUCGGGAGCCUCGUGCUCACCAGCUUGUGCUCGGUGACCGGCCCGGAGCGCCGACCCAAAGAGACCGGUCUGUGGUCAGUGACCGUGUCUGGCCGGAAGCACAGCAUCCGGCUCUGCUCUCCGCGCCAGGCUGAGGCGGAGCGCUGGGGGGUGGCGUUGCGAGAAGUGAUCGCCUCCAAGGCACCACUGGAGACCCCUACCCAGCUGCUGCUUAGGGACAUUCAGGAGAGUUGCGGGGAUCCGGAAGCUGUGGCCCUUAUUUACCGACGGAACCCAAUUCUGAGGCACACCAGUGGGGCCUUGUACGCUCCACUCCUGCCCCUGCCCUACGGUGUCAGUGCCCCAGGUCCGGGCUACGCACCCUUGCGCGAGGAGGCGGUGCGGCUGUUCCUGGCGCUGCAGGCGCUGGAGGGGGCGCGGCGCCCCGGGCCCCUGAUGCAGGGUGUGCUCCAAACCUGCCGGGACCUGCCUGCGCUCCGCGACGAGCUCUUCCUGCAGCUGGCUAAGCAGACCUCGGGCCCCGCAGGCCCCCCUGGGCCCCCAGCUACCCAAGACCCCGCAGCCCUUCGGUACUGGCAGCUCCUCACCUGCAUGAGCUGCACCUUCCGGCCUGGGGGAGCUGUGAGGGGGCACCUCCUGGGGCAUCUGGAAAGGACCGAGCAGGCGCUCCCGGACACAGAACUGGCGGAAUAUGCGCGCUUCAUCCGGAAAGCGCUGGGCCGGACGCGCGGCCGAGAGCUGGUGCCUUCUCUGGCAGAGAUUUCAGCGUUGAGCCGACGACAGGAGCUGUUGUGCACCGUGCACUGUCCGGGGGCUGGUGCCUGCCCUGUGGCCAUAGACUCUCACACCACAGCGGGGGAGGUUGCUCGAGAGCUCGUGGGACGGCUGGGCUUGGCCCGUAGCCGGAACGCAUUCGCGCUGUAUGAGCAGCGAGGGGCCCAGGAGCGAGCCCUGGCUGGGAGCACUCUCGUGGCCGACGUGCUCACCAGGUUUGAGAAUUUGGCAGCGGAGGAAGCCGGGCUGGAUGAUUCGACGGACUCUGGUUGGAGACUAUGCCUGCGUCUUCACGGGCCUCUGCACCCUGAGGGGCUGUCCCCAGACGGUCACGAACUGCCUUUCCUCUUUGAGCAGGCUCACGCUCUGCUGCUCCGCGGCCGGCCGCCCCCGCCCGAAGACACGCUGCGCGCCCUGGCGGCGCUGCGUCUGCAGAGCCUGCACCGAGACUUCUCCCCCAGGGAGCCCCUGCCUCCCCUGGACCGCCUGCUGCCGCCCCCCGCCCCGCCACGUGAAGACCCUCCCCGCCCAGUCCCCAGGCCUCCUCCCUCCGCCGCCCUGCUGGCCGGGGCAGUCUGGAGUCCGGGCCUGGCCAAGAGGCGGGCGGAGAGGACCCGGCGCGGCGGCGGGGCCGGCAGCACGGCGGGAAGCGUGGCCCGCGAGGGAGGAGGUGGCGCCGGCACGGCGGCCGCUGUGCUGGGCGGCUGGAAGCGGCUACGGGGCAUGGGCCGAGCUGAGGCCAUGGCUGCCUACCUGGCUCUGGCGGCGCAGUGUCCAGGGUUCGGCGCUGCUCGGUAUGACGUUCUGGAGCUGAGCACGGAGCCUGGUGGGGGCACUCCACAGAAGCUAUGUCUGGGCUUGGGAGCCAAGGCCAUGUCCCUCUCCCGGCCAGGUGAGACAGAGCCCAUCCACUGUGUCAGCUAUGGCCAUGUGGCCGCCUGCCAACUGAUGGGCCCCCACACCCUGGCACUGAGGGUGGGAGAGAGCCAGCUCCUCCUGCAGAGUCCCCAGGUGGAAGAGAUCAUGCAGCUGGUGAAUGCCUAUUUGCCCAGUCCCUCCCCCGAGAGGCCCUGCCACAGCCCUUCUCCUCCAUGCCAAGACCUGCCAGACACCUCCCCUCCCAGCCAGCACCCGGGCCUGGACGAGCCCCAGGGACAGUCUGGCUGUUUGGGGCAGCUGCAGGACUGAGCCUGCCAAGAGGUCACGACCUCCCUUCUGCCUCCAGCCUGGACCUGGACUGUUCUGAGAUUUGAGGGAACCGUGGACCCUUUUGGCCCUGCAGGGACAGGGCACACACCACACCCAAGGGCUGCAAUGGGUGCAGACAAUUUUCUAGUUUGUUUCUUAAUUUAUUUGUAGAAGAGAAGCAAAAAAAAAAAAAAAAAUCCUUAUUUACACAAA